UGUGGGACUCUGAGUGAUGACAGCCCUAACGAGAACCUGACGGAGAGAGUCCUGCAGGAUGCGCAGCGCUUGUUCCUGAUGAAUGAUGUCGUGCAGCCAGUGACUGUAGAUCCAUAUGUGACUCAGGACAGCAUUCGAUUUUCCAAACUGGUAGUUGACAUUGUUCAGGGGAAGGAUACACUCUACCACGUGAUGUAUAUUGGAACAGAGUACGGCACCAUCUUGAAGGCCCUUUCUACCACUAACAGGAGCCUGAGGAGUUGUUAUUUAGAGGAAAUGCAGAUCCUCCCUGACGGACAACGGGAAGCAAUCAAGAGUCUCCAAAUCCUGCACAGCGACAGGUCGCUCUUUGUGGGCCUAAAUAAUGGAGUGCUAAAAAUUCCUCUGGAGAGAUGCUCCAUGUACAGAACAGAAGGGGAAUGCCUAGGAGCCAGAGACCCCUAUUGCGGCUGGGAUAACAAGCAGAAGCGAUGUACCACCAUUGAGGACAGCUCCAACAUGAGCCUGUGGACUCAAAAUAUUACUGAGUGCCCCGUGAAAAACCUGACUACAAAUGGAAGACUUGGGCCUUGGUCCCCAUGGCAACUGUGUGAGCAUUCGGAUGGGGACAGCACAGGCUCCUGCAUGUGUAGGUCACGUUCAUGUGACAGCCCUCGUCCUCGCUGCGGAGGUCGCGGCUGUGAAGGGGCCAGGAUCGAGGUCGCAAAUUGCUCAAGAAAUGGCGCUUGGACACCCUGGUCUUCCUGGGCCCCAUGCAGCACCUCCUGCGGGAUAGGCUUUCAGGUCCGCCAGCGAUCCUGCAGCAACCCCGCUCCACGGUAUGGAGGCAGGGUCUGCGUUGGACAGAGCAGGGAAGAAAGAUUCUGUAAUGAGAACAGUCCAUGUCCGUUACCGAUUUUUUGGUCUUCAUGGGGUCCUUGGAAUAAAUGUAGUGUGAAUUGUGGUGGAGGGAUCCAUUCAAGGCAGAGGUCCUGUGAAAACGGAAAUACAUGUCCAGGCUGUGCUGUGGAAUAUAAGACCUGCAACCCAGAGAGCUGCCCGGAGGUGCGCAGGAACACACCCUGGACCCCUUGGAUGCCUGUCAACAUCACCCAGAAUGGUGCCCGCCAGGAGCAGCGCUUCCGCUACACGUGUCGUGCCCAGCUGUCUGAUCCCCACGAACUGCAGUUUGGGAGGAAGAAAACCGAGAAUCGAUUCUGCCCCAAUGAUGGCUCAGCAGUGUGUGAUACUGACUCUCUUGUUGAUGAUCUCCUCAAGACUGGUAAGACCUCAGCACGGAUUAUCAAUGGCGGCUGGUCCUUUUGGGGGGCCUGGUCUUCCUGUUCCAGGGACUGUGAGUUGGGCUUUAGGAUCAGGAAGAGAACAUGCACAAACCCUGAACCUAAAAAUGGUGGCUUACCCUGCGUGGGGUCAGCGAUGGAGUACCAAGACUGCAAUCCGCAUCCCUGCCCAGUGAAAGGCUCAUGGUCUUGCUGGACUCCUUGGUCUCACUGCUCAGCAACUUGUGGAGGAGGACACUACCAGCGCACACGGACUUGCACCAAUCCAGUUCCGUCUAGCGGAGAGGAUAUCUGCAUUGGUCUGCACACUGAGGAGGCCCUUUGCAACACGCACCCAUGUGAAGGUGGCUGGUCAGAGUGGUCAGAGUGGAGCCUGUGUAAUGAAGAGGGCAUCCAAUACCGCAGCCGUUACUGCGAGGUACACAGCCCAGACUCUUCUCAGUGCAUUGGAAACAGCACGCAGUACCAAGAUUGCCUGUAUAAUGAAAUUCCUGUGAUCCUGCCAGCCUCCAGCAUUGAUGAGAGCACAAACUGUGGAGGUUUUAGUCUCAUCCAUCUGAUUGCCACUGGGGUCUCUUGUUUCUUCGGCUCUAGCCUCUUAACAUUCGUGAUUUACGUGUACUGCCAGCGCUGUCAGAGGCAGUCCCAGGAGUCAACCGUUAUCCACCCAACCACCCCCAACCAUCUCCAUUACAAGGGCAACACAACCCCCAAGAACGAGAAGUACACCCCUAUGGAGUUCAAG